AUGGUUGUAUUUGUCGCAGGUUUUGGCUUGGCAGCGGCGGCGGCUGCGGGUGUACGGGCCGGCUAUCCCACUGUUUUACCGUCCCCAUAUGGGUUGUCCCCUGGCUACAUGUAUGGAGCGCCAGGGUACGCUGUAGGAGGGGUUGGGGCAGGAGUUGGCACUGGAGCUGGAGGUCUGGUCCAGCUGCCACAGCUCCAACAUGCUGCAGCUGUUGCAGCGGCCAAUCAUUUGUAUGAAUAUCAAGCGGCCGCUGCACAAGGAGCCGCAGCCUAUCAGCAACAGUAUGCUGCUGCUGGAUUUGAUCCAUAUGCUACCGCCGCAGCAGCUGCGGCGGCAGCAGCUAGCGGCGCUGGAUAUGUAUCACCUUACUACGCGUUGCCAGGUGGAGGGGUUCAAGCACCACUGCUGCCUCAUCUUCCAUACCCACCUCAGCUGCAAGAGGCGCGAAUGCAAUGA